AUGGCAGAAGCAUUACCAUCAUCAUUUGAAGAUUGGAUUCGAACAUUACUUAACGAUUUACAACAAAAUAAUACAGAUAUGAGUGAUAUUGUUCAGUAUUUAUUAGGUAUUGUUACAAGUGAUAGCGAGACUGAUGAAGAAAAACAAGUAACCAUUGUAGAAUUACUCGCUGAUCUUGAUUUAAAACAUGAUCAUGAUAUAGAAAAGCUUAGUCAACAAAUACUUGAUCGUUGGAAUCAAUCACAAAAUGAUAAUGCUGAACAAAAAAAUUCUAUUGCCAAACCAGUAGCUGCUAAUACAGACGAUGAUGUUAUCAACACAGUAUUGAUUAAUGCUAUGAAUCAAAUGGAAUCAACAAGUAAACAACACAAAUCUUAUAUUGAUCAUAAUUCAAACAAAUUAAAUGAUGAUGCUGCAUCGAAAAAACAUAAAUCUCAAGUAUUAGCUAAAUAUUCUGAAGUAUCCGAUGAAGAAUUUGAUUAUGGAAAUGAUUCUGAAACAACUGGUAAUGGUUUAUUUCACAAUACGAAUUCACAAGAUAUCGAAGAUCGAGAAAAACAAUCACGAGAUAUGCAACAAGAAGUACAUAAACAAAAACAAGAAAAAAAUAAAGUCGAUGCUGUUAAUCAAAAACAAAAGGAUGAAGAUAGAAAAAAGAAAGCACAACAACGUGCCCAGAAACAAGAAAGACGACGCUAA